AUGACCUUGGACACAGAACCCAUGGAAGAACCCGAUAUUGACGUGGUGGGAGACGAAAACAAGGACGCCAGAAAGCAACAUCUCUUGUCUUCACCUGUGGCGGAGGCAAAGAACGGGUUGGCGUUUCACUCGGGCGCUGCGUCAAAGCGGCGAGACGGGGAGAAGGAGAAAGACAGCACAACGCCAACGUGUCCUUCUGGCACGGGUAAAAGCACCCCUGCCGUGAAGCCACCUUAUUCCUACAUUGCCUUAAUCACCAUGGCCAUCCUCCAAAGCCCGAAGAAACGUCUCACCCUGGGCGAAAUAUGCGACUUCAUCAGCAACCGAUUCGCUUACUACAGAGACAAGUUCCCCGCCUGGCAGAACUCUAUCCGGCACAACCUGUCGCUCAACGACUGUUUCAUCAAAAUGCCACGAGAGCCUGGCAACCCGGGGAAAGGCAACUAUUGGACGUUGGACCCCAAUUCCUCCGACAUGUUCGAGAACGGGAGCUUUCUGCGUCGGAGGAAGCGAUUCAAGCGGCAGCAGUCCAGAUUCGCCAUGCUUAAGGAUCAAUCACUGGAAUGCAGCGGGAUGCCCAUUUUCAGCUAUGGCACUUACGGACCGACUGCAGCGUGUCUCCAACUCCCCGGUCUGGAUCUAUAUCCUCUCACCUUCCAGCACUAUUCAAACUCGCCCUGCGCGCCCACGAUCCCACCUGUUAGCACCAUCUUACCGGCUCUGUCGACCCUUUUCUCCCGGACCUCCUUUGGUACAAAGGCCUUUCUCCCUGCCCAGACCCUCGCCCUAGAGUCCCUCACCACGGCCCGCUGCACCUUCUCCUCCACGUUACUUCCAAAUUCUCCAUUCGUGUCCGCCGCGGCUCUCCAUCCUGCGGCGUCUCCGCAGCUUCUCAGCACACAUCCGGAGCGCCAGCGUCUACGAACUCCGCGCAACAACUCCAAUCGGGCCGUUGAACUCCAGCAGCACUUGAGCGACAAUAACUAA